GAUGGCGGCGGCAUUAAAUCUGAAAAUUUUCAUUGGCUUUUGUUAGUGUUCACGCGUCGGAAGGUUGCAUUUGGUUAGAGCCUGAAAAGGCUGGAAUUCAGAAAAACGCAGACUGGUUUUUAAACUGCAGGUAGAGAUUAAAUAUAGAGCAGAAGUGCUGCUGCAGGUAAGGUGAAAAUUGGAAUCCGAGUUGUCUGAGAAAUUUUGCAGUAAGUUUGUAUCCGACCACACAUUCUGGAUCCAGUUUUUUUUCUUGCAAAUAACGUGACGAAAACCACCUUUUUUUGCAUCAAAAGCAGAUAAUACUACAGUCGACAACAAAUAUACCAAAAUGAGCUGGCAAGAUUAUGUGGAUAACCAGCUUCUGGCCUCUCACUGUGUAACAAAAGCUUGCAUUGCUGGACAUGAUGGUAACAUCUGGGCCCAAUCCAAGGGAUUUGAGGUUACAAAAGAAGAGUUGGCGAAAUUAAUCGCUGGAUUCGAUCAGCAAGACCUGCUUACUAGCAAUGGUGUCACAUUAGCGGGCCAAAGGUACAUCUACCUUUCUGGUACAGAUCGCGUCGUCCGUGCAAAACUAGGACGCAGCGGAGUGCAUUGCAUGAAAACUACACAAGCCGUGAUCGUUUCCAUCUAUGAGGAUCCAGUUCAGCCUCAACAAGCCGCAUCUGUUGUAGAGAAGCUUGGAGAUUAUCUGAUUACUUGCGGGUACUAGAAAUAAUCCAUAAUAAUAAAAGUAAUAAUAUAAUAAUUAUAAUAAAAACAUUAAAGCCGUAACAAAUAUCUUCUAUAAAAUCUAUUUUGGAAUAAUUUCAUAUGAAAAAAUAAAGUCAAAGUAACAAAAACA